AUGUCGGAGAGUGGCGGCGAUGGGCCGGGGCCGGCGAAGAAGCCGCGCCUGACGCCGUUCCAGCCCAAGCACCUGCUCGAGUAUGGGCUCAAGAUCGAGGACUACAACGAGAAGAACGACGUGUCCUGCGUGCGCUGCCAGUUCUGCACGCACUUUGGGCGGGAGGACAUUGACGCCGAGACGCGGAAGCGCAAGAAGACGUCCAACCACAAGACAUUUUCGAUCCCGUUCCGGCCCGAGAACUACCGCAAGCACCACGAGACGCAGCACGCCGAGAUCUGGAAGCAGUACCAGGCCGCGUCCAUUGAAGGCAAGCAGCAGUUCUUUGAGGGCCACAAGGCGCUGCCGCUGCCGACGCAUGUGUUCAAGGCCGUGGCGCCGCCGCUGCCGCCCGUGCCGUCCAUCAUCGUGCCGCUCAAUGGCAGCGCCGUGGGCCGCGUCGGCUAUGUGUGCGAAGAACUCUUCAUGUGGCAUGCACCGUGGCCGCAUCUGUACUCGCCGCACCUGCAGCCGUACACGCACUGGGAGCACCCAGAGACGAAGCGCCGCUUCCACGGCCUCCUCGCCGUCAGCGGUCUCCUCGACAAGCUCACCAUCAUCCGCGCGCGCCCCGCGACCAACGACGACCUCCUCCUCAACCACACCCAAGCGUACAUUGACACGAUCCGCGAAAAGAGCCGGCUCGACAAUGGCGGUGACGCGGGCGACGAGGCGCAAUUCUCACGCGGUGGCUUUGAGAUCGCGUCGCUGGCCGUCGGCGGCGUCCUCUCGCUCGUCGACGCCGUCAUGAACAAGCACGUCGACUCGGGGUACGCGCUCGUCCGGCCGCCGGGGCACCAUGCGCUGCGGGACAAGGGCAUGGGCUUUUGCAUCUUCAACAACGUGGCGAUCGCUGCCUACCACCUCUUCCGGUCGUACCCGGGCUUGAUCGGGAAGAUUGCGAUCGUCGACUACGACGUGCACCAUGGCAAUGGCACGCAGGCGUCCUUCGAAGCCGACGACCGCGUCCUCUUCGUUUCGGUGCACCAGGCCGGCAACUACCCGCUCAACUCGGGCUGGAUCGAGGAAACCGGGUUUGGACCGGGCGCCGGGUACACGAUCAACGUGCCGCUGCCGCCGGGCUCGGGCCACGGCGCGUACAUGGCGACCUUUGAUCGCGUCGUGCUGCCGGCGCUGGAGGCCUUUGCGCCCGACUUUAUCCUUGUCUCGUCGGGCUUUGACGCCGAGUACUGCGACCCGCUCUCGCAGAUGAUGGCGCACAGCGAAACCUUCCGGGCGAUGGCGGCCAAGCUCAAGACGGCGGCGACGAACCUCUGCGACGGCCGCGCCGUGUUUGUCCACGAAGGCGGCUACUCGGAGAGCUACGUGCCGUUCUGCGGUGCGGCCGUCGUGCAAGAGCUCCUCGGGCUCGAGAAGGACGCGGUCGUGACCGACCCGUUCCUCUUUGAGAUCAAGGACCGGCCAUUCCAGGAGCUCCAGCCGCACCAAGACGACGUGCUCACCAAGGUCAUUGCGUCCAACAAGGUGCUGCUCUCGAAAAAAUGA